AUGGCGGCGUUUAAACCGUACGGCAAACCUCCACCUUUCGACCUGGACGAAUACAAGGAUUCUUUCGAACUAUGGCACAAGAAAUGGACGAUUUUUCUUAGCCUGUCGACGAUUGAUUCGGCACAGGACGCAGGUCAGCGGGCCGUAUACAAGGCUCACACGCUGCUAUCGUGCCUGUCAACCGACACACUCCAAGCAGUUCUCUCCAUGGGCUUAACCGACGCGCAGCUUGACAACCACACGGUCAUCAUCGACCACCUCCGUACUCGUUGCAAUGCCGGCCGCAACCGCCACGUGUUGCGCCAACAGUUUGCGGCAAAGACACAAGGCGUGCAACAAUCUGCAGACGACUGGUUGUGUGAGUUGCGGGACUUAGCCCGGAAAUGUGAAUUCGCUACGGAUUGUUGUGCUAAUUGUGAAAAAACUCGCAUUUUAGGCCAGCUUAUAUUUGGCGUUGAGAGUGAUGAAGUGCGCGUAAAACUCCUCGAACAAGGUGCGACUUUAUCGCUGGAUCAGGCGCUAACAAUCAUUCGAACUGCAGAGGCAUCCCACAAGCAGUCGAAGAACUUAAAGACAGGUGACGCUGCGGCAAUUCAAGGCGCAACCUCUACUUACAAGCGUUUCAAAGAAAAGUCCGGCAAGCCGCCAGCAGGUGGCAGCAAUUCAGCAGGCGCGAAGUUCAUGGGCUGCUGGAAUUGCGGAUCGAAGACACGCUGUAAGCCUUUGACGGCCUGUCCGGCCCAAGGAGAGGAGUGUAAAAAGUGCGGCCUACUGAACCAUUACUUCAAAGUUUGCCGAAACAAAGCAGCCAAGAAGCAACAGGGCAUUUACAUUGACCCCUCCCCUCCGACAGUGGGGGCUUUAAACGCGAGUGAUUUAGUGGAACUGGCUGUCAAUCCGGAAAAAUGGACAUCAUCUGUUGUGAUCGAUUUUCUCCCAGAUACAGGCGCUGACCUCGACGCCAUCCCAGAAUCACUCUACAAGCGGAGAUUUAGCAAGGUGGCGCUGCAGAAAGGUGUACAACCAGUUACAGUAGUGGGGAGCCCGAUCAUCAGCAUUGGUGUUUUCAGCGCGGUUAUUGUGUGGACGACACGUGACAAAGUGUCCCGAUCAGUGAACACCGCCAUUCACGUGUUACGUGAAUUAAAGCAGCCAGUGUUGUCCAAUAGGAGCCAGCAGAUGAUGGGAAUGCUUCCAGCCGCCUACCCGCAUGCGUACGUUGGAAUGGUGGCGAGCACGCCACCUACCGACUCUCAACGACAGGCCGAUCUCAAAACUCUCAUGAACGAAUGCCCGCGGAUCUUUGACGGAACAUGCCACCAGAUGUCGGGACCACCAUGUCAUUUCGAAUUGGUGGAGAACGCGCGACCAGUGGCAAUGCGAGGCUCACGCCCAGUGUCCGUCCCUUCGUUACCAAAAGUGAAAGCAGAGUUGGACAAUCUUGAAUCCGCUAACAUUAUCCGAAAAGUGAUAAAGCCGACGGCUUGGGUGCAUCCUUUUUUAGUUCCGCUGAAGAAAAAUGGCGACAUCCGUCUGGUGAUCGACUUUCGUGAGUUGAACAAGUGCAUAAUCAGGCCAAAUUUUGAGACGGCCACACCGUUCCAAGCAGUGCGCACCAUUCCGCCCGGAAUGAAAUUCUUCGGAGGCGUUGUUUGA